UUGUUACAAAAUGAGUAAUAAAUAAACAUGUCGGUCAUUAUACCUAUAUAUUAAUUAUAAGUUCUAAAAUCCUUUCGAUUCGCGAAUGUAGUACAAAGAAUAAAAUCAAUUUGUUUACAUUACUAGAGCGGCUAAAACAUAACCUUACGAAGUGAACUGACGUCGAAUGUAGUAUUUAAGAAGGCUACGCAAUGACUGACGAGCCAAAACCUCAGUUCAGAGGACUGCGGUCGGCUGCACCCGCCACUGUUCGCUCAAAUAACAAAUGAAACUUUAUUUUCAUUAAACACAUUUAUUGUGAAGUGAACGAAGAUAAAGCAUUCCAAAUGCCUGCCGAUUCAGAUCUUAUUGUCCCGGGAAGAGAGGAUCUGGGAGUCGACGAGAACCAAUUCAAAAGCCUCGCGGAGAGAAACAAGCAUGAAGAUUUUAUAAGACGGGCAGUGGACUUGUUAGUAGAAAGAGUUGUCUUCGGAAGAUCUUCGAGGACGUCGAAAGUGGUGGAGUGGGCUGCACCUGCAGAUAUUAAGAAAGCAAUCGAUCUCAAACCGAGGGAAGGACCAGUGUCUCAUGAUGGUCUAUUGGCGCUUAUGGCUGAUGUUGCUAGAUACUCAGUCAACACAGCGCACCCUUACUUCGUGAACCAGCUGUUUUCGUCAGUCGAUCCUUAUGGUCUCAUCGGUCAAUGGCUCACAGACGCCCUCAACCCAAGCGUGUACACUUACGAAGUGGCUCCUGUCUUUACUCUGAUGGAGGAAGAGGUUCUUCGUGAGAUGAGGAGGAUGGUGGGCUGGCAUGACGGUGAAGGAGAUGGCAUCUUCUGUCCAGGAGGUUCUAUAGCCAAUGGAUACGCGAUCAGCUGCGCUCGACAUUACUUCUACCCAGAAAUUAAGAGCAAAGGAGUCUACGCCGUACCCAGACUCAUUCUCUUUACUUCGGAACUCGCUCAUUACUCCACAAAGAAGAUGACUGCUUUCAUGGGCAUCGGAACCGACAAUUGUGUUUUGGUGAAAACAGAUGAAUUCGGCAAAAUGGAUGCAAACGAUUUGGAAAUGAAAAUUGAAAAGGCGAUAGAGGAUGGAGCGACGCCGUUCCUGGUUACUGCCACAGCGGGGACUACCGUUUUCGGAGCGUUCGAUCCUUUGUUACCUAUUUCGGCUUUGUGCAAAAAAUAUAAUCUGUGGUUACACGUCGACGCUGCCUGGGGCGGCGGCGCUCUUAUGUCGAAGAAAUACAAACAUUUAUUGAAUGGCAUUGAAUUGGCGGACUCAGUGACGUGGAAUCCUCACAAGCUCUUGGCGGCGCCGCAACAAUGCUCCACGUUCCUAAUUAGACACAAGAACGUCCUCAAAGAAGGUCACUCAUGCAACGCCAAGUAUCUUUUCCAGAAGGACAAAUUCUACGACACUUCGUACGACACCGGCGACAAACACAUACAAUGCGGCCGCAGGGCAGACGUCCUCAAGUACUGGUUCAUGUGGAAGGCAAAGGGAAGCGAGGGCUUCGAAAAGCACAUCGAUACUGUAUUCGACAACGCUCGCUACUUCCUAGAACUGAUUCGACAGCGCGACGGCUUCCGACUGGUCCUCGAGAACCCUGAGUGCACCAACGUGAUGUUCUGGUACGUGCCGACCUGCCUCCGAGGCUGUGAAAACGAGCCAGAUUACAAAGAAAGGCUCCAUAAGGUCGCACCGAAAAUAAAAGAGCGAAUGAUAAAGGAAGGAAGUAUGAUGGUCACAUAUCAGCCGCAGGGCGACCUCGUCAACUUCUUCCGUAUCGUAUUUCAAAAUUCAGCUCUGGACCAUAAGGAUAUGGUAUAUUUUGCCAACGAGUUUGAUCGACUUGGCAGGGAUAUUAUCGUUUAAAUGUUAUGUUAUGUUAAACGUAAAUUAUUCAAUGCAACUCGUACAAAUAUUGCAUCAUAUUAUAACAACCUGUGAUUAUAAUUUUAAAUGAAACUUAGGAAGCGCUCGAGUAUAUGAGAAUAAAAAGUUACAAUCUGGCUUCCUUCUCGGUGAGGUAAAAUAACAUUAAACUCAUAUUUCAGUUUAGAUGCUAUUACAAUCUAGAGAACACAGCAACUAAGAUAAUAUGUCGAAGAGUUUUAUUUCUGAUCAAAAGUUUAGAUUGAAACUAUAACCAGUAUCUAAGUAUCUUAUAAAAAAACAGUAGAUUCACUCGUCCAUUCUUCCUUCGUAACUUUUUUUCUACAUUAUAUAGAACGCUACUUUAUAUUUUUGGAUAUUAAUCAAACAUGUAAUAUUCAAAUGUAGUUUAGUACAAUUUGUUGUAAUUAAAAAACGUGUUAAAACAAUACAAAUGUAAAUAAAUUAUGUUAUAAAACACAA